AUGACCACCCUGAUGCCCUCAACCCUCUACAUACUCCUGCAAUCCCGCUCCACGCCAUCGACAUUCCACUGGUCCCUGUACACAACCAACACCCACGGCCCCCUAACCUGGGGCAUGAAACACGAUCUUAUAGAAAAAGCUCAUCGGCGACUAUGGACCUACAACAGCGCGCCGGCCAACCUGCUCGAGUCCCAAUCGCGGCCGGCCAUCGCGGCCGUCAAGGUGGACGUCAUUGACGAUGUGGAGAUGAUGCGGGGCGCGCUGGAGGAGUGUCUGGGUAAUGUGCCGCGGACGGCGUAUUCGUCGCGGUUUCGGGAGGAGAUGAGCUGUCGGGUUUGGGUGAAGGAGGCGCUGUGGGGGCUUGACCAGGGCGGGUUUAUUGAUCUUGGGGAUCGGGGGAAUGUGUCCGGCAUUCAGGGCGUGGAGAGGGAGGUGGUUAGGGCUGGGUUGGUGGCGAUGUGGAGGGGGGUUUUUGGGGUGUAUGAGUUGGGUGAAGAGGGUGUUGGGGUGAGAGAGGUUGGAUAG